AUGUCGGACGAGAAAUACGAAACUACUGAGCAGCGCGAAUAUGCGCCACCGGCCGCAAACAUGUCGGCUGGUCGCUACCUCGCCACGCGCAUUCCAACUCUCAAGCCUGCGCACGACAAGGUCGCCAACCCGAUCGCCCUCUUGCGCAUGCUAAACUUACAACAAUGGCUCUUCUUCCUGGUAGCUUUUUUCGCCUGGACUUGGGAUGCGUUCGACUUCUUCACCGUAUCUCUCACUGUUUCGGAUCUUGCCGAAACGUUCGGGAAAACCAAAGCUGAUAUUACCUGGGGUAUCACACUGGUGCUCAUGCUGCGGAGUGUGGGUAGUAUCAUCUUUGGUCUAGCAGCGGAUCGCUAUGGGAGGAAGUGGCCUUUCAUUGUCAACAACGUGCUCUUCAUCAUACUGGAAUUGGGUACGGGGUUCUGCUCUACUUACAAUCAGUUCCUGGCAGUAAGAGCUUUGUUUGGUAUUGCCAUGGGCGGGUUGUACGGCAACGCUGCUGCGACCGCUCUUGAGGACUGCCCCGAACAAGCUCGUGGUAUCAUCUCCGGCAUGUUACAACAGGGCUACGCAUUCGGCUACCUACUUGCCACUGUCUUUGCGCGCGCCUUCGUCGACACCGUCGGUCAUGGGUGGAGACCACUGUUCUGGUUUGGGGCCGGCCCACCAGUCCUAAUCAUCAUCUUCCGGCUCUGUCUCCCAGAAACACAAGCUUACCUCGAGCGUAAGCGGAUACGUGAAGAACAACCCAACGCUGCCAAGGUCUUUGCUCAGGAAGGCAAGGUUGCUCUGAAGCGCCACUGGCUCCUCCUUGUGUACCUCGUCUUGCUCAUGGCGGGCUUCAACUUCAUGUCACACGGAAGUCAGGACCUCUACCCCACCAUGCUGAGCAAUCAGUACAACUUCUCCUCCAACCAGGUGACCGUCACCCAAGUAGUCGCCAACCUUGGCGCCAUGACCGGCGGUACUGUCGUCGGCUAUUGCUCUUCCAUCUUUGGUCGCCGCAUCAGCAUAAUCGUCAUGUGUGUUAUCGGCGGCGCUCUUCUCUACCCCUACACAUUCACUUCCAGCGAAGCCGUUAUCGCAGCAGCAUUCUUCCAACAAUUCUGCGUUCAGGGUGCUUGGGGUGUCAUUCCCAUCCACCUCAUGGAGCUGUCUCCCGGAUCGUUCCGAACUUUCGUUGUUGGCACAUCGUAUCAACUCGGAAACCUUGCCUCUUCUGCUUCAUCAACCAUCGAAGCGACGAUUGGUGAGAGAUUUCCACUUCCACCCAAAGGCAAGACCAGCAGGUACAAGUAUGGGUUGGUGAUUUGCAUUUUCAUGGGGUGUGUGUAUGCGUAUGUUAUCCUGCUCACGGCGUUGGGACCAGAGUAUAGGGGGAAGAACUUUGAUGUGGCUGCUGAUGAGGAUAUGGCGGUCGUGACGGGGGCGGAUGAGGGCAAGUAUGGUAGGAGACAGGAUAGUGAAGAUGCGGAGACUAGGGGACAUGUGUAG